AGUUUUUGUGAUGCUUUGUUAUAAAUUUUUCAAAAACUAGUAGAAAUAAUUAAAGUUUAAAAAUCUGAAACACAUUUUUUUGCUGCUUAUUUGGAAGGUGGUUCGCCUACAUUUGCCACCGCCAUCUCAUCGCUCGGCUGCGGUACGUCAUUGGACUCAUUGGCAGUGAACGGAACGAAGUGUUAUCGUAUAGAUCGCUGGCUGGCUGUCUGAAAAUAGUGAACCGAGUAUGAGUUUUCGAAAUAUGUUCGAAUAAAAAGUGAAUAGUGAGUGACUGUCAUCCAGCAAGAUGGUUGAUGACGUGAAAAAUAUUACCGAAACCGCUGAAAGUAAAGCGACAGCAGAUGCCAUAGACCGAGCGAGACUAGCCCGCGAGCGGCGCGAGGCCGAGCAGCGCAAGCGGCUGGACGAGCUGCGCGCGCACGCGGCCGCCGCGCAGGCGCAGCGCGAGAAGCGCGACGAGGAGCGCCGCCGCCGCCAGGCCGAGCAGCGCGCUAAGGAUGACGAUAGGAGAGUACAGGGAGUAUCAGGAGACUCGCGCGCUGUCACCAGGCGGAGCAGCGAAUUUUUUGUCUCGAAGCGCUCUGGUAGGGAGUAUAGGAGACUAGCCCGCGAGCGGCACGAGGCCGAGCAGCGCAAGCGGCUGGACGAGCUGCGCGCGCACGCGGCCGCCGCGCAGGCGCAGCGCGAGAAGCGCGACGAGGAGCGCCGCCGCCGCCAGGCUGAGCAGCGCGCUAAGGAUGACGAUAGGAGAGUCCAGGUGGAAGAAAGAAAACGGGCAAUAUGGGAGGCAUCCAUAUCCAGACGCGAAGCGCUCUUACAGAGAGAGCGCGACCGAACCGAGCGUUUGGAGCGAGCGCGCGCCGCCCGCUCCGCGCCCCGGCCUGCAUUCGCGUUCGGCUCGUCCACCCCCCGCUUGCUCGAGCCGCUAGAUUCGGCGGGAUUCUUCUGGGCUGCGCGCAGUACCAACCCCAUAGAUCAGAUGAACUUUUUUGAGUCGCUGGCGGCAUCAACUACAAACGUGAUGUUCGCGUCUGCGCCACUAACGAGACGCGCCUCUGCACUUCAACUAGACACGUCAGACACCGACAAUAAAGACGAACCCGACCGCCAACCGGCGCCGGUGAUGUGGUCGUCGGUGGCGCGGCGCCGCACCGACCUGGUCCCGACCGCGCCCGCGCCGCGCGUGCCAGGUAGAGCCUACUCCAUGACGCGCCUCGACCGCCUGCCGCGAGCCGAGCCCACGCUGCACCUCAGCAGGACCCGUCCCGCAGGCGACACCUGCGGUGCGAGCGCGGCGACGACGCCGAGCGUGUCGCGCGACGGCAGCGUGCUGAGCGCGCCGCGCCGGCCCGCUUCCACGCCGCGCCGUCCGCGGCCCGCCUCGCUGCACGCGCCCAGCCACGCAGCAUUAUCACUGGCUCCAGGAGAAGGCAAGCCGCCAGUACACAGAAAGCCAAAGCCAUCCAAAGAACACGAUAAAACGCCGCGCGGCAAGUCUGUGUCGGCGUCGCCGGGGCGGACGCUGUCGCCGUCGCCCGCCGCCUCCAAGGAGCCCAGCGUCGACAAAGAAAUCGCCAACAAGAAGGUGGAGGGCUCAGACAAGCCGGUGGACCCGCGGGAGGUGACACAAAAACUGCAGGCGCUGCAGGUCACCGACGACGCGCCCGCGCAUCUAGCGGAUAAGGUAAACGAAAACAAAGAAACCAUAGAAGAUAAGCAAGAAACGAAGCCCGAACAAAUGUUAACAGAAGACAACCCGGCGGAAGCGCCGAUCGAAACGCCGAAGCCAGCCGAAGCACAGAAGCAAGCCGAAGCACAGAAGCAAGCCGAAGCACAGAAGCCCGCGGAAGUGCCGAAGCCCGAGGUGAAGGUGGAAGAGAAGAAAGAAAACGCACAGGAGAAGACUGAUGAUUCUGAAAUGACUGCGUCAAUGACCGCGCGACGUAUCACGACAGAGGAGGAAGCCAAAGCCGCGCUCGCCGAGCGCCGGCGCCGCGCGAGAGAGGAGCUGGAGCGCCAGGCCGAGCUGGAAAGACAACGGUUGCAGCGCGAAGCAGAAGAAGAAGCGGAAAGACAGCGGCAAGAGGAAGAAAGACAACGACGCGAGGAGGAAGAGGCAAGAGAACUCGCCGCGUUACAGCGCCGCAUGGAAGAGGAGAAGCUUAGGAAAGCUAUUGAGGCACAACAGCAACUAGAGCGCGAAGAGUCCGAGAGGCGCGUCAAAGAAGAAGCCGAAAGGAAAGCGCGACUCAAAGAGGACGAAGAGAAGAGGAAAGCGGCGGAAGAGGCCGAAAGACUUCGGCGGGAGGAGGCCGAGCGCGAGGAGAAGGAGCGCCUCGCGCGCAAGCAGCGCGUCGAGGCCAUCAUGGCGCGCACCAGGCUCAAGAAGGUAACUAUAACAAGUGGGAGAGUGAGAUAGC